AUGUCAGCUGCCAUUGCACCAAAGGGCAUGCUUUUCUACAACGCUCUGAAGCCCUGGCUAGGGGAUGGGCUCCUGCUGAGUGCUGGUGACAAGUGGAGCAGGCACUGUCACAUGCUGACACCCGCUUUCCACUUCAACAUCCUGAAGCCCUAUAUGAAGAUUUUCACCAAGAGCGCAGAGAUCAUGCACAUGGGCGGCGCUUCCUCAGGACUUGCCCUUGUGCAUGGCUGCACAGAUGCCGUCACCCAGGAGCAGUGCCAGCCCCUCCUCAGGGGCAGUAUCGAUGACUUCCUCAAGGUCAAGGUGAAGACCAAGACUUUGGACUUCAUUGAUGUGCUCCUGCUGACCAAGGUCUAUGACUCCUGCUUUGAGCCAGAAAACACCAAAGGGAGGUCACCUCUGGCCUUUGGUCCCUUCUUUUCGGGGCCCAGGAACUGCAUCGGGCAGACACUCGCCAUGACUGAGAUGAGGGUGGUCCUGGUGCUCACCCUGCUGUGCUUCCACGUGCUGCCAGACGAGGAGUCACUCAGGAAGCCAGAGCUGAUCAUGCCUGCUGAGGGUGGACUUUGGCUGCGGGUGGAGCCGCUGAGCACAAGUCAGUGGUGA